CACCGGAAGAAAUUCAAGGGUGCACAAUGAUUACAUGACCUACUAAGGUGUGUUUGAUAAGAAAACCUUCAGUUUAUUUCAACGUCGUUUGUCCUAAGAUGACCAGUUGUCCGAGAUGUCUACAACAGCAGGACGAGUUUUCACCAGCCUGACACGCGUUGCUUUCAGACGAGGGAUACUGAUUCAUAAAGCUAACGUUACACCGACUGUGAGACUGAACGGUGUGCGGUUCCUGACUCUGACCUCUCAGAGGUUAGCGAAGUCCGAAGAUGGCGAUAAAGAGGUGAACAAUGAACCCAUAAAGUUCUCCACCAGUAAAGCCAGUCACAGAACCUGGAAAGUUGACCGCUCCAUGGGGAGCCAGUUUGAGCGGCCCUGGUGGAAGGUCCUCCCCGUCAGCCUGAUAUUCACCGGCUUUCUACUGUGGUGUGCACUGAGAGGAGAGACGAACAUUGAUGUACAGCUGGAGAAGGAGCUCUAUGAGCAGUUACCAGGCUUGCUUUCAGACGAGGAACAGGAUGAAGCCCAAGAUAAAUCCAGUUAACAAAUUUAAGAUUUGUAUAUACGAGGUUGUAUUUAUUGUGAAAUGUGGCUAGUAUUUUAGGCUGUGGCACCGAAUCUCUUACAAAAUGUUUAGACCAAGUUUCUUGCGAAUGUUCAGCUGAGUUGUCAACAUGCAGAUUAAAAUGUAACAAUAUGA